AUGAAGCUCGUGCUGUUUGUCCUGGUGGGCCUGUGCCUGUUUGGGCUGCUGCACGCUGAGGCCGGGGCCCAACCUGAGGAGGCACGCGUGUCGGGUCUCAUCAACACCAAGCAGCACUUAGGCAGGAGAUAUGCUGAAUCAACCAUCGCCAGUGACAUCAGCAAAAUCAUGGACUCUAUGGUGCAGAAAAACUUUGUCAACUUCUUGCUCAACCAAAGGGAGAAGAAAAGCGGGACUGCCAGUCAGGACGAUCCAGAGUUCAGUGACCUCCUGAGGCUCACUCUGCAUGAAAACCAAAAGAGAAAGAUCUAG